ACUUAUGUUUCAGAUCUCGGCAGAAAAGGAUCCUUCAAAGGAUUUAUAUGAAGAUAAAUUCUGCAAGUGCAGUGUCUGCUACUCGGCACCGUGUUUCUUAUUCAAGCUGUCACUCUUCCUAUGCAGUCUAGCUGGUGUAAUAAUUUUAUCGAUGACAGAUAUUUACGAAACUGCAGUUUUGAAUGUAUUAGUUUUACAAGAAGGUGGUGUCGUUUAUGAUAUUUGGAAGUCCCCACAUACUGAAACAACAAUAAGUGUUUACCCUUUUAAUUAUACAAACAUUGACAGAAUUGAUGAAGAAAAUCCACAUGUGGAAGAACUAGGACCAUACGUUUUUAAAGAAAGAACACAGAAAGUCAAUAUUUCAUUUAAUGACAAUGGAACCCUGACUUAUUCAGAAAAUAGAAUACAUGAAUUUGAUCCUAUAUCUUCAAUCGGAGAUCUGGAUGAUAUUAUAUACACACCUAAUGUUCCUUUUAUGAGCGCAGCCGCACAAGGUGCAGAAAAAGGAGUGCUAACACAGAUUGCAUUAGCAGCUUUCUUGAAAGGACUGGACACCAGACCAUUUUUACCAGUUAAUAUAUUGGAAUUUGUUGAUGGAUUUGACGAUGAUUUUUCAAUAGUUGCAAGAAAACUCACAUCGAUUCUGAAAGGACAAACCCCACCUAAAUUCGGAAUGCUUGCAGAUAGGAAAGGGGUCAGCCCAGAUAAAAUAACGAUAGGAACUGGAUCAACCGACUUGAAUGAUUUUGGAAUGAUUUCAAGCUAUAAUGGAAAAACUAUUCUUAAAUACUGGAGAACAGAAGAAUGUAACCAAAUAAAAGGAAGUGAUGGGACUUUUUUUCCACCUCGAGUUGUGCAAAAGAAGUCAAGAGUUUACAUGUAUAUCCCACGAUUUUGUAGAAGAAUACCUCUGGUAUACAAUGGUACAGAAAACAUCAUCAAUGACUUCCCUUCAAAAAGAUUUGAGUUGCCAUCUAAUGUCUUUUCUACCCCUAAAGAAAAUCCAGAUAAUGCUUGUUUUUGUGAAAAGAAAAAGUGUCAACCAUCGGGAACGUUUAGCAACAGCAAAUGUAAUUUUGGAGCACCUGUGUCUGUAUCUCAUCCCCACUUUCUCAAUGGUGAUAAAGAACUUCGAACGAACGUAACAGGCCUUAACCCAGACUCAGAGAAACAUAAAUUUUACAUAGAUCUUCAUAGCAUAUUUGGCUUACCCAUGUCCGGAAGGAUGAGAUUUCAAAUAAAUGUAGUCGUGCACCAUUGUCCUUUUCUUUCACAGCUGAACCCAAUACCAGAAGGAACCGUUCUUCCAAUUGGAUGGUUGGAAUUUGGCAUCGGGGAAGUACAAGGUUUCGCUAAAGAAGUCAUUUAUCAUGCUACAUAUACCGCAUAUUAUCUGAAACAAGUAUUUCUAUGGAGUUCAUUUGCCGUAAUGUUACUGACAUUCGUUUGCCUUUUUACUCAUUUAAAAGCAAAAAAGAAAAUGAUUAUGACUCUAGGAUGA